AUGAUGAGAGAACAUACGAAAAACCCUGAGUUAGCAAGAUGUGGAGUAACUAGGUUUGCAACAACGUUUCUCACCUUACAAAGCUUGCAAAAGCAAAAACCGGCGUUGAGAAACAUGUUUGCAAGUGAACAAUGGACCAGCGGAAAAUGGGCUAAAGAACGAAAAGGACAAAGAGCUAAUGACAUAGUUUUUACUCCAACAUUCUGGAACAAUGUCCUUUUUACUCUCAAAAUCAUGGGCCCUCUUGUGAAAGUGCUUCGGCUUGUGGACAAUGAGAAGAAACCCACGAUGGGAUAUGUGUAUGAAGCCAUGGAAAGGGCCAAACUUGCAAUUGCAGCAGCUUUGGGCAAAGAUAGCAAUGAAUACAUUCUUGUAUCCGAGAUAAUUGACAAAAGGUGGAACUGUACACUUCACCAUCCCUUACACGCAGCGGGUUACUACUUGAACCCGGAGUUUUAUUGCUACAAUGAGACGAUUGAGAGUGACAAGGAAGUAACAGUUGGACUGCACGAUUGCAUUAACAGACUUGUCCCUGAGAAGGCCAACAAGAUUUGA